CCACGAGAUAAGAGAUAGCAGGAUUAUUGUCUACUGAAAUGUAAACAUGACUACAAUAACAAAGGUGUUGUUCUUUGGAACGUUUCUCGGAGCCGCUGUUGCACAGUUGUUUGAUAACCCAUGUGAUGUCGACGUCUGGCCGGAUACCAGAUCGUCAGAGUACAUUGAACGGACCGUGCCGGGUCACUGCACGAAUGGCACGUUCCGCUGGGACUAUCCUCGGAAGACGGUGCUUCUCCACUUCCCUCCGGCAAUGAACGGUCACUUCCGCUCCGUCUGUGUCCGCAACCAGAUCCUCGGAAACGUGUUUACGGUUCGUGACGCCACGCACACAUUGGGCAUGCCAAUGUUAAUUGGAGAGAAGGAGAGCUGCACUAUAAAGCACGACAAGAAUAUAACUCUACGGAUCGAUGCACCGGAUACAUUGUACUACAUGGCCGCCCUUUGGUACCGUCUCAAAGUCGAAUAGUGAUGGACCAUGAACUUGAUAAUAAUAAGAGAUUUUGAUAAAAACGUCGUUGUUUUGUAAAUUUGUAUAUUCAUUAUAUUAAAUAUUCUUUUUUU